CGUGGUCCUUGAACGUCGGGUUAGGAAGAAAAUAUGAGAAGUAGCUCUCAGUUCCCCUGAACAGAGUUUGACUAGACACUUUCUGGUCUCCAGUCUUAUUUGUUAUUGUAAAGCGUCUGAGCAAUGGCCAACAUUCACAUCAGGAAGUACCAAGAUGAUGAUGCUGACAGCGUGAAGGAAGUCUUCAUCUGUGGGAUGAGUGAGCAUGUGCCUUCGUCUUUUACUCAUAUGCUAAAACAGCCUCUGACCCAAAUGGUGCUCAUGUGCACAUUCUGUGCUUUGAUGACCAGCUCUAAGUCAUUCCUGCUGCCCAUCCUGGCAGUCACCUUCCUCCUGGCUGGAGCCAGGCAAACGGUUGUCUACUUGUUCAACAGAUACAUAGACACCUCCUUCAAAAAGGACCUAAACAGCAUCAGUCAAACCUACCUGCAGAGCAAAGACUCGUGUUUUUGGGUAGCAGAAGGAGAUGGCCGGGUGGUCGGAACAGUGGCUUGUCUUCCUGCGAAUCCUGAGACUGCACCUGGAUGCUUGCAGCUAAAACGUAUGUCGGUGCGGCGCAGUCACCGCAGGAUGGGCAUCGCCAAAGCUCUGUGUCGAACAGUUGCAGAUUUUACACGUGACCGAGGUUAUGCUGCUGUUGUCCUCCAUACCUCUGUGGUGCAGACUGAUGCUCAGAAACUGUACGAGCAUAUGGGCUACAAGAAGAUAAGAGAGUUUGUUGCUCCAGAGCUCAGUGCCAAAAUCAUGAACUUCACGCUGUUUGAGUACAGACUUGAUUUGCAGCGAGAUGGAGAAAAAGACUGACACAAAGUUGUAUGACAGAGUGACGGUAUCAUCCAUGUUUUUUUUUU